UAUGUAUGUAUGCAUUUGCAUGGAUGUGCCGUCAACACACGCGACUCGGCAGCUGGCUUCGGAAACGUCCAAAGUCGCCUCCCCUUCUCCGUUGAAAGCAAAGCAAAGCAAACCUCCUCCUGCUCCUCCUUCUUCCGUCCCCUUUCCACCGGUUGCACGCGUCCAAACCCCGGGCAACUACUCCCGAUCGAGCACGCGCCUCGACGACCCGAUCCAAAUCAAUCACGCGCCAAACAGACCGAUCGAUCCAUCCAUCUCCAGCAUCCGAGCAGAAGAUCAGAUGGCGCCGGUGGUGUCGGCGCUGGCCAAGUACAAGCUGGUGUUCCUCGGCGACCAGGCGGUGGGCAAGACCGCCAUCAUCACCCGCUUCAUGUACGACAAGUUCGACGCCACCUACCAGGCGACGAUUGGGAUCGAUUUCCUCUCCAAGACCAUGUACCUAGAGGACCGCACCGUCCGCCUACAGCUAUGGGACACGGCUGGGCAGGAGAGGUUCCGGAGUCUGAUUCCAAGCUACAUCAGAGACUCUUCUGUUGCGGUCAUCGUCUACGACGUAACAGACACGCAAUCGUUUCUGCAUACAUCCAAGUGGAUCGACGAAGUGAACACGGCAAGAGGCAAAGAUGUGCUGAUUGUGCUCGUCGGGAAUAAAACAGACCUCGUCGACCAGAGGCAAGUGCCGACAGACGAAGGGGAAGCCAAGGCCAAGGAGCACGGCGCCUUGUUCAUGGAGACCAGCGCAAAGGCCGGCUUCAACAUCAAGGCGUUGUUCCGCACGAUCGCCGCGUCGCUGCCGGGGAUGGACGCUGUCUCGUCGGCGAAGCAGGAGGACAUGGUGGACAUCAACCUGAGGCCUGCCUCCGGACCGGCAGGCUCGGGCACGGCCGGGCAGCAGGAGGAGAAAGCAGGCGGGUGUUCUUGCUGAGGGUUUUGGUGGUCUUUUUAGGGGGUCGAUUUGCAUCCCUUGCAGGAUUGCAGUAGCGCAUUUUGGUGGGGGUUUUGGUUACAUUACAGGGCAAAAAGGUAUUGUAAUUGCAGGACAGAGAGAUGCCAUGAUACUGUGAUUCUGACGAGACGAGUUUCAUAUAGAGGAGCGAUUUGAAUC